AUGGCUUCGAAAAGGAUCUUGAAGGAGCUGAAGGAUCUUCAGAAAGACCCUCCUACUUCUUGCAGCGCUGGACCAUUUGGUGAGGACAUGUUCCAUUGGCAAGCAACAAUAAUGGGACCCCAAGAGAGUCCUUAUGCUGGAGGAGUGUUUUUAAUUACCAUUCAUUUCCCUCCUGAUUACCCAUUCAAACCUCCAAAGGUUGCAUUCCGCACCAAAGUUUUUCACCCGAAUAUAAACAGCAAUGGCAGUAUUUGCCUGGACAUCUUGAAGGAGCAGUGGAGCCCAGCCUUAACAAUUUCCAAGGUGUUGCUCUCGAUCUGCUCACUUUUGACGGAUCCGAACCCGGAUGACCCCCUAGUACCAGAAAUCGCUCAUAUGUACAAGACCAACAGGGCUAAAUACGAGCAAACUGCUCGAAGCUGGACCCAGAAAUAUGCUAUGGGUUAG